UUUACUCGUCCAAAUCCUCCAUUUUAGCUGUCCGGUUGUCACCUUCAAACAGAAAUAAACCCUACUCUUUCUCUCCUCUCCCUCUCUCCCUCCCUCUCUCCUCUCUCCCCAGAACAGAAACGCUCACUCUUUCUCUUACCGGAAGCAAGCCCUAAGUUUGCCCAAGGACACAUAAAUGGAAGCACCGGAAUUCUUCCACGGCGGCUACUGCCGCGCAGGAAAUCCUCAAUUCACGCCGGAAAAACGCCUUGCCGAUUCUAAGUCCGGCGACCAUUUCAUUAUCGAUGACCUCCUCGACUUCUCCAAUGAAGAUGCUGUGAUCACGGAGGGGACCUUCGACACAAUAACGGGGAAUUCGACAGACUCGUCGACGGUCACCGUCCUUGACAGCUGCAAUUCCUCAUUUUCAGGAUCCGAUACGCAAAUUUCCGGCGACCUCGGUUGCAGGAAUUUUCCUGAUGCUCAAUUCUCCGGAGACCUCUGUGUGCCAUACGACGACUUAGCUGAGCUUGAAUGGCUCUCGAAUUUCGUGGAGGAAUCGUUCUCAAGCGAGGACUUGCAGAAGCUGCAACUGAUUUCUGGGAUGAAAGCGCGCACGGAUGAUGUCUCCGACACUCGAGAAUUCCAACCAGAGAACAACAAGAAUAACUCGAUAUUUCGCCCAGAGAUGUCAGUUCCCGCCAAAGCGAGAAGCAAGCGUUCCCGCGCGGCUCCGGGCAACUGGUCUUCAAGACUGCUCGUACUGUCGCCGACAACAUCGUCGUCGGAAUCCGAUGUUGCGACGAGUUCCGGUAAGAAAAGCACGAAAGGGACACCGAAGAAGAGAGAAAGUUCAGACGGUGCAAGUGGCAAUGGCGAGGGGCGGAAAUGCCUGCAUUGUGCUACCGACAAGACACCGCAGUGGCGGACCGGGCCCAUGGGUCCGAAGACGCUUUGCAACGCAUGCGGUGUCCGGUACAAGUCAGGGAGAUUGGUCCCAGAGUACCGGCCGGCAGCGAGCCCGACAUUUGUUCUCACGAAACACUCCAAUUCGCAUAGAAAAGUACUGGAGCUUCGACGACAGAAGGAGUUGCAGAGGGCUCAGCAGCAACAGUUCCUUCACGCUAACCCAAUUUUCGAUGUAUCUAGCGGUGAGGAUUAUUUAAUCCACCACCACGCCGGGCCCGAUUUCAGGCAGCUAAUCUGAUUGAUCAGAAAGGUUUAGCGGAUUCACUCGUGCAGAACUCAAUUCAGCUCGACAGUUUUAGCAGACAUAAUUCUCCGGAGAAUUUCCGUAAUUUUCUGAUUUUCUUGUUGUAAGAGAUCUGAUUUUGGUCCUAACUCUGAAACUUCGUAGGUUUUAAAUUCUCUGCCGCAGAAUUACCAAGCAAAAGAAAAUGGAGGAAGAAGGAAAAGGUGGAAAUGGUACUGAACUCUAAUGUUUCUGUUCCUUUUUUUUUCUUGUCAAUUUUUUUUGCUUUCCAUUUCGGCCGAAUUGGGCAAAUUCUGGAAGCAAAUAUUCCCAUUUUGGAGAAAUGUUUGUUUUGUUUGCACUCUCAUUUUAACGCUUAAAGCUUCCUAGAGAAGCAAAUAUGUUGUGCAGUUUGCACUCUCUAGUGCUA